AAUGACUUGAUGGCCGAAAAAUAUAAAAAGGAACAUCGCGCGAAUCCAAGAGCAUCAGUCUGAUAUUUUCAGAAGACAAUUGCAACAUGCAGUUCCUCAAGAUCGCUCUUUUCUUUGCCUUGGUGGCUCUUGCCAGCUCCUCCUCUUCCUGCUCUCAGGCUCCCGGAACCACCAUUACCAGCGUUACCACGACCGUCACCACUGUGACAGCCGAUGAAGACAGCGACAGCGGACUCCUCAGCUCACACGAACGCAGCAUCAUCCGCAAGACCUGGGACCAAGCCAAGAAGGACGGAGAUGUUCCUCCUAAGAUCCUCUUCCGCUUCAUCGUCGCCAACCCCGAAUACCAAAAGAUGUUCAAGUCCUUCGCCACUGUUCCCCAGAACGAACUUAUGGGCAACGGAAACUUCUUGGCUCAGGCCUACACCAUCUUGGCCGGUUUGAACGUCGUCAUCCAGUCCCUGUCCAGCCAGGAGCUUUUGGCUAACCAAAUCAACGCUCUCGGAGGUGCUCACCAGCCCCGCGGAGCUACCCCCAUCAUGUUCGAGCAAUUCGGUGCCAUCACUGAAGAAGUCCUGGCUGAAGAGCUCGGCAUCGCCUUCAACGCUGAAGCCAGACAGGCCUGGAAGAACGGUAUGCGCGCUUUGGUCGUUGGCAUCUCCAAGAACCUCAAGAAAGCCGAAGAUUUGGCUGAUCCUCAGACCAAGUUGACCCCCCAUCAAAUUCAUGAUGUCCAGAGAAGCUGGGAAAACAUCCGUGCCAACCGCAACUCUUUGGUCUCCGCCAUCUUCGUCAAGCUCUUCAAGGAGACUCCUCGCGUCCAGAAGCACUUCGCCAAGUUCGCCAAUGUCGCUGUCGAUUCUCUGUCCGGCAAUGCCGAUUACGAGAAGCAAGUCGCCUUGGUCGCUGACCGCCUGGACACCAUCAUUUCCGCCAUGGACGAUAAACUGCAACUGUUGGGCAACAUUAACUACAUGCGUUACACUCACCAGCCUCCUCGUGCCAUCCCUCGCCAGACUUUCGAGGACUUUGCCCGUCUUCUUAUCGAUGGCCUUACUGCCAGCGGAGUCUCUGCUGAUGACAUGGACUCGUGGAAGGGCGUUCUGACCAUCUUUGUCAACGGUGUUUCCCCCAAGCAAUAAAAACAGCUCUGCUGCUCUUCCCCAUUUAUUUUGAAUAAAAAAUUUACAACGUGCCUAUUGCAUCCAAUAAAUGGAAUAAAUAAAA